AUGAAUUCGAGCUAUGGAAAUCGAAACAACAAAACCGACGCCUUCGAUUUCGAUCUCGGGCUGGGCUCGGGCCGCGCCAAACCCAUGAAUGGUCAGAAAAGCCAUACGACACCGACGUAUUCAUCAGGUACGUACGCCCAGCAAAGACCGAACACGACGUCGUCCUGGAGCCACCAACCCAACAAGCCGGCCUGGACCCAUCAGCCUGCAGCUCCGAUCCAAUCCACCGGGCUGGGAUCCUUAUCCGGGCCGACAUCUAUGGUGGGGGAUAUUUUCGGGAAGAGCUGGAACUCCUCUGCGUCAUCGAGUUCGAGCGCCUCGGGUAUCGGGAUUGUGAACAAUAAGAACCCUAAUCUGUUUGGAGAUCUGCUUAGCUCAGCAAUUGGCCAGAACAAGAGUAGCAACACUGCCCCUCUGAAAAGCUCUGGUAAUGCCGCAAGCCAGAACACAUUCCAAAUGGGAUCUAUGGCCAAUUCAUUGCCAAAAACUGGUAAUUCAGGUAAUGAUGGCAAAACUUGGGGAUCCAAUGUCGGUAGUAUUGGUGGAAAUGUGAAUUUGGGUGGGAAUUAUAACAAAAGUUCAAGUCUUGGUGGUGGCAAUGUGAAUUUGGGUGCAAACAGCACUAUAAAACCGAAUCUUGGAGGUCCGUCGAUGAAUAAUACGACGGGAAGUGGAAUAGAAGGCAUGGGGAUGGGUUCUAAUAAGGACCCAUUUGGGUCUCUGCUUGGUUUCGGGUCCAAACCCUCUGCUGGUAUGAGCUCAGCUAGUAAAGCUAGCACCAGGAGUGAUCUGGGAGCCGAUUCUUUUGGGGAUUUUCAAAGCACCGCUUCGAAGGCGAGUGGAUCUUCAUUUCAGUCUUUUCCAUCGGGUGACAGUGAUCCACUGGGUGAUUUUAGGUUUUCUAAUAAUUUAUCCAAAAAUCAAACUCAGCCUCCUAAACAAUCCUCGGGAGCAAAUGAUUUUGAUGCACUUUUCUCUUCAAAUGAAGGAUUUGCACCCCAGCAGGUCUCGGGGGAUGAUGACUGGGGAGUGAAUUCGGAGUUUGUUGGGGGAAAUGAUACAACCACCGAACUUGAGGGCCUUCCACCGCCACCUGCGGGUGUUUCGGCCUUUGCUGCCAAAAGUAAGGGUAUGGAUAAUUACAAGCAGGGCCAGUUUGCAGAUGCUAUUAAAUGGUUGUCUUGGGCUGUUAUUCUGCUCGAGAAGGCCGGUGAUGAUGAUGGCACAACGGAGGUUUUGACCAGUCGAGCAUCGUGCUAUAAGGAAGUUGGGGAGUAUAAGAAGGCUGUGGCUGACUGUACUAAGGUUCUGGAACACGACGGUAAGAAUGUGAGUGUGCUAGUGCAACGUGCUCUCCUUUAUGAGAGCAUGGAAAAAUACAAGCUUGGGGCUGAAGACCUCAGAACUGUCAUGAAUAUCGAUCCCGGGAAUAGAGUCGCACGAAGCACCAUUCACCGCUUGAAUAAAAUGGCUGGAUGA